AUGCACUCCUCCAUCUUGAUUCUACCCGCCGCAGCCUCCCUGGUCAGCGCAGGAUCAGCCGUCCUGUACAUGUGCACACUCGCAGACGAUCCCAGGAUCCACUCAGGGAGCACGGCAAUGAUCUCACUGCGUGCCCACUACAACAACGCGGAAGACGGAUGCGACGGCCUCUUCGCGUUCGACGCCUCGACCGGGGCCAUACCCCCUCUUCUCGGCUACCACAGGUUCAAGGGCGACGACGGGUUCGCCGCUGACAUGGAGCUCCUCUCGCCCCGCCCGGGCCUGCACAUCAGGCUGGAUGACGAGGAGGUUGCCCUCGGCGACGCGUCGGAGACGACACGUGUCGGGCCUGAGGACUCGGCAGAAGCUUGCAGGAGCAUGGGGCUGGAGGACACCACUGGGGGACGCCCGGUUGAGCUGAUCGUCUUUGUUUGGUAUGAUGUUCCGAAGACGAAGUGCAAAUAA